CUGGCGGUUGCCCUGGAAACCUGGCGCGCAUGUGCAGCUGGGCCGAGCUGCGGGGCCUGCCGGGAAGGCUGCGGGGACGGUCCGGCGCUCGGAGAGUGUGCGCCCCGCUCCAGGCCGGGAUCGCGGAUGGAAGCGAACGGGCACGCCGCAGAGAUGGCGGGGAGCGCCGGCGAGUGGUGCCUGAUGGAGAGCGAUCCCGGAGUUUUCACGGAGCUGAUCAAGGGCUUCGGAUGCAAGGGUGUUCAGGUGGAGGAAAUAUGGAGUCUAGAACCAGAAAACUUUGACAAAUUAAAACCAGUUCAUGGCCUGAUCUUCCUAUUCAAGUGGCAGCCAGGAGAAGAACCAGCAGGAUCCAUUGUUCAGGAUUCAAGACUUGAGAAGAUCUUCUUUGCCAAACAGGUUAUCAAUAAUGCCUGUGCAACUCAAGCUAUUAUCAGUGUGUUACUGAACUGUAUUCAUCCAGAUAUAGAACUAGGGGAGACUCUUGGGGAAUUUAAAGAAUUCUCACAAAGCUUUGAUGCUGCCAUGAAAGGUUUGGCUCUGAGCAACUCUGAAGUCAUUCGGCAAGUUCACAAUGGCUUUGCCAGGCAGCAGAUGUUUGAGUUUGAUGCCAAGACUGCAGGAAAGGAGGAAGAUGCAUUCCAUUUCGUCAGUUACUUUCCCGUUCAUGGAAGGUUAUAUGAACUGGAUGGAUUAAGAGAAGGGCCAAUCGACUUGGGAACAUGUAAUCAAGAUGACUGGGUCAGUGCAGUGCGACCAGUCAUAGAGAAGCGAAUACAAAAGUACAGUGAGGGAGAGAUAAGGUUUAAUCUUAUGGCAAUUGUGUCAGACAGGAAGAUGAUAUAUGAAAGAAAGAUUACAGAUCUACAGAGACAACUGUCAGAGGAAGAACCCAUGGAUACAGAUCAGAGCAGCAGUGUCAUAAACUCUAUUCAGUCAGAAGUAGCUAAGUAUCAGAUGCUGAUUGAAGAAGAAAAUCAGAAAUUGAAACGGUAUAAGAUUGAAAAUGUCAGAAGAAAACACAACUACCUGCCCUUCAUCAUGGAACUGUUAAAGACUUUGGCAGAACACCAACAAUUAAUACCACUAGUAGAAAAGGCAAAAGAAAAACAGAAUGCCAAGAAAGCUCAAGAAGCCAAGUGAAACAACUUCUUCUCAAUAAAGUUUGACCAUUUGCUGCUGAUAAUUCUGUUUUAAGAAGUGAACUCUGCCCAACGCCCAGUGGACUUUUCAGAUGCUGUUAACGAGUGCAAAGUACUCUCCUAUUUGAAAUUAUACACCUUGUACAAGUCUUUUAAUUGUUCCUCAUUUGCAAUGUGUGCAUGCAUUACAUACCCUGUUUAAUACAAAUGAGAUUUUUUAAAAAAAAAUUUCCCCAUGCAAAUUUUUCAAAGUGUUGCCAACACUUUACAACCCAGAUUUCAAAAGAGUCACUUUUUUGUCUUGUGUUGAGUAAUGCAAUUGAUUAGAUGCAUGACAAGGUAAUAAAUACUAAAUAAAAAUUAUUAUUUAAAAAAAUAAAUCCUUGCUACUGUGUUUUGAGUCAGAUCAAUGAGUUGUUGCAGGUUUGUGCUCUGAAUGCUCAAUGCUGAGAAGAAAAAAUAAGCUUUGGUUAUUGAGGUAGAAAUUAUGGUUCAUGUGUUUCUUUUAAGCAACACAUUGUGACUCAAUAUUUUCAGAAAUAGAAGUCAAAUAAAUAAUAAAUGCCAUGAGCACAUAACCAGGUUGUUAUGGACAGCUGAAAGGCCCAUGAGAGAUUUUGACUUGUUCAUGUUCUCCUCUGUUCCCAGAAGCACAAAGACUAUUUUUGUUCUAGGGCUUGAUUUCCGAAACAGGAAUUUGAUCUAUUUUUAUUCUCUUGUGUUUGCAUCAUCGAAAGAAUAACUUAAAAACUAAUCAAUAACUAGCCAGCAGAUAAAAUCUGCAAUUGUUUUGGUCUUCACCCUGUCAUUUUGAAAAAUGUCUGUCAGCCCCAGAAGUUUAAUGAUGUCUUUGUUAGCUGUUUUUAAAUCAAAUUGGUUAUUCUGCUUUUGUCAUUUUAAAUCCUGUGCCAGUAAACAACUUUGGGAUUG